AUGUUGAAGGGCAAGAUUGAUCUGCAUGAGUCUUAUGAGACCAGCCCCACACAUCGACCCAAGUGGCAUCGACACCACAAGACGCAGAAGGACCAAGAGUUACGCAUCCCGGCGGGGCUGCCGGAGGCCUGCGAUAGCGCCUUCCGGCACCAGGACCGCUUGCUGCAUCGGGGCGCUCUCGAUGCGGCACAGUGCCACAAGGCCUUUGGGCAGGUGGUGCUACGGCUCUUCCCUUGCGGCGUCGCUGUGGCGUCGCAGGGAGCCCUGCUGGAUCGCAUCUUUUCGGAGAGCGAUCAAGAUCUCGAUGGGUUGCUGCUCUUCCACGAGUUUCAAGCCUUCGUCUUGCGUGGACUCCAGCCCUUGCUGCGAGGCCAUGCGAAGCAAAGCGCUUCGUUGCAGGCGGCAUUGCCGCGGGCCUUGGACUAUCAUGCCAAGACUCUGCAAUCGCACCUGCCCCCGCAAGCUGUGCCGGCGAUGCCCACGCAAGCACAGGUUACCACCCCUGCCUCGCCUCAGCCGUUGCAUGGAGGCGGCUACAGCGGCUGCGACCGGCGCUUCUUCCGGUGCCUUUGCACCGGCACUGACCUGGGUGCCUCCUCCAGAGUCAUGUCCUUUGCUUCCAAGGGUGGCCUGGCGCGGGAGCUGACGCAGAUGUUGCAGGAGUAUGAGAUUCCUGAAGUCAGUGAAAAUCUGGGAAGUGGAGCCUUUGGAACCGUGCUGAAGGUGAAACACUAUGGUACCGGUGAGACAAGGGCCUGUAAAGCUGUGCGCUUGGAUCAGGGCUCUCAGCAGCUGAAGGAGAUCGGGGCAGCGCAACGGAGCUGGUCGAAUUGGAGGUCCAGUUGGGUUGCAGCUGGUGCCCUUCAAGGGAUCACCAAAGUGAGAACUGCUCGCUGGUUUCAUCUGGUGACCAUGCUCAAAAGCCUGGACCACGUGAAUUUGCUGCGCCUGCACGAAGCCUUCCGCGACGGCCAGCGCUGCGUCUACCUCAUCACCGAGCUGUGCGCGGGCGGAUCGCUGGCGGAGCGUUUGGAGGGACAACGAAGGACGCAGCGCGCCACGCCUUUUUUCGAAGGCCAAUCCGCGGCCUAUGCCGAGCAGAUGUUGAGCGCGGCCAGCUAUUGCCACCAACGAGGCGUUCUGCACCGCGACUUGAAACCGGAGAACGUGCUCUUUCUGACGCCACUGGCCGAUUCGCCGGUGAAGGUCAUCGACUUUGGCCUGUCCGAUACUCUCGAGCGCUUGCGGCAAAAUGCCACCGAGGAGCUGCAAGACCGCCGAGGCGCGCUCGGCGCUGUGGCGCGGCUGCUGCCGAAGUUGCCUGGAGGCCUGGAAAUUUUGGCCACCAAAGUGACUAAGGAGGUCAUGCAGCGGGCGGGUACCCCACACUAUAUGGCGCCAGAGGUCUAUGAAGGUCAAUAUGGGGAAAAGGCGGAUGUUUGGUCGAUCGGCGUGAUGAUUUUCGAGAUGUUGACCAACCGGCACCCUUUCUACACUGUGGGCAAUGACUUAGAUGCUGACCCUUGGAAAUGA